UUUUUUGUCAUCCAGACUUAUGAACUGUGAGGAGGUUGGUCUGCCAUUUUAAGAAAUAUUUUUUAAAGGUCAAAUGAAUGACUAUUGAUGCACUCUGCAUAAGUUACACAGCUAGCAUGCUAACAGUGCUAGCUAAAUAUGCCAUCAAAAAGUUAGCUAAUCUGUGUUUGUGCUAACUUGCUGUGGCACGUUGCUUUUGGUCUGCUCACAAUUCACCUGGUUGGAUUGUAGGCCUAUUCAUAUGGUGCGUUCCUGUUGUACCCGAAAGUCAGAAUUUCCGAGUUCCUAGUCAGAAGUUUGAACCUGAAGCUGGAGCAACCCUGACAUCAGAAUCCAAGAUGGCUGCUCCUCAUCAACAGCAGUGAACACUCCUGUUUAUAGCAGUUUGUUUGGAAGUCAGUUUGGUGUUUUAGGAACAGGAUGAUAAAUUAAACUGAAUCAAUGAUGAUGAACAAUAAAAACAAACACCAUUAAACCGUCUGACAGGAAACUGCUCUGCUACAGAACAAUCUGCCGCCUACACUUCCCAUAAUGCCCCCUCUGUCUGAGAACAACGGGCAGCUCCACGUGCUCGGGGAUUUAAACAAGUAUGUACUACACAGAGGAGGGGCGGGAAAGUGUGUCACUGGGGCACGAGGCUCUCCCCGCGGUCACAUGGUCCCGUUUUCUGCCGCGUGCGGGCACGGCGGCCCCCGCACAUCAUCAUCCAGCAGGGCGCGCGCCCUGUUUGAAAAAAUACAGAGCGAGAGAGUGAAGCGCGUGCAGCAGCUGACAGGAGCCUCGUGCGGCGGACAGGCAUCACUUCUGUUCGAGUCCGUCAGUAGAAAAACAGCAGAAUGGAGUAGAGUCGCAGUAGAGACGCUUCCUCCUCUUCUUCUGUGGUGUUUCAGUCCGGUUUUUCUUCCCUGUGUCGGUGAUGCGGAGCGCGCGUCUCCGGGGUUUUAAAAUACGGUCUGCGCGACUCUGAUGGAUUUUAAAAUGACAACGAUGGACACAAACAUCAACGACAACAACAACAACAACAACAACACAGGUGGUGUGAUCUCCUAUGUGGGUUCGUGUGGAGGUUCUCCGACCCGGACCAGUCCAGUCUCCAUGUACAGCGAGAACUCCAACUCCCAGCCUGGCUUCACCUCCUCCUCGUCCUCCUCCUCCUCCUCCUGUCUGACUCCCUCCUUCCUCAGCAGCAGCUCCAGUUCAGGCUCUGCAGGAGAGGACGGCUCCUCCUCGGCCUCCUCCUCAGCAGGAGGUUCGCCCAGAGGCCGAGACGAUGGAGGAUCUCUGAGGGCGUCGCCCAGCAAGUCGGUGGCCAGUCUGACCAAGCUGAACGGGAUGGUGCUGCUGUGUAAAGUCUGCGGCGACGUGGCCUCAGGUUUCCACUAUGGCGUCCAUGCCUGCGAGGGCUGCAAGGGUUUCUUCCGUCGUAGCAUCCAGCAGAACAUCCAGUACAAGAAGUGUCUGAAGAACGAGAGCUGCACCAUCAUGAGGAUCAACAGGAACCGCUGCCAACAGUGUCGCUUCAAGAAGUGCCUGUCUGUGGGCAUGAGCCGAGACGCUGUUCGUUUCGGUCGGAUCCCGAAGCGUGAGAAACAGAGGAUGUUGGCUGAGAUGCAGAGCGCCAUGAACAACAUGGUCAACAACCAGCUGCAGAACGACUUCCAGCUCGCCAGCCUCUCCUCCUCCUCCUCCUCCUCCUCCUCCUCCUCCUCCUCUCCGUGCCCGGGGGUGACCAUCGCCCCUCAGCCCCAGCCGUCAGCCCUGCCGCUCGCCCCCUCCUCCCCCUCCCCUCCUGCCCCGGCCUCCUCUUCCUCACCCGCUCCUCCUCCUCUUCUCUUUCCUCCCCCCUCUCAGAGCCCCUCCCCCUCCCUCUCCCUCUCUCCUCCCCCCAGCCCGGGCAUGGACUCUACCAUCACCGCCAUUGCCCGCGCUCACCGCGAGACCUUCCUGUACGCUCACGACAAGCUGGCCAAUCCCCACGUGCCACCUCAGCAGCAUCAGAAUAACCACGCCCACAACCACAACGGGGAGGCGGAGCUUUGGGGCCCCAACCGCUGCCCCAACGGUUACCAUGCCAACGGCCUCAACACCAUCUAUCACCACAACAACAACAUGGGCAUGGGGCGCUACCCGCCGCUGGACAACAGCUGCAACAGCACGCAUCAUCCCCAAGGCAACGGGAGGUGGAGCUUACAUAACAGCAAUCUGAUUGGAGGAGACGGCGAUCAUGUGACCCCGGGGCAGAACUGUCUAAUGAAGAACCAUACAGGGAUCGUGCUGGCCUGUCCAAUGAACAUGAAGCCUCACGCCGACCCCUCAAAGACGCCCCAGGAGAUCUGGGAGGACUUCUCUCUGUCCUUCACCCCCGCCGUCAGAGAGGUGGUGGAGUUCGCUAAACAUAUCCCAGGAUUCAGCGCUCUGUCGCAGAACGACCAGGUCACCCUGCUGAAGGCCGGCACCUUCGAGGUGCUGAUGGUUCGCUUCUCGUCACUGUUCAACGUUAAGGAGCAGACGGUGACGUUUAUCUCUGGCGCCACCUACAGUCUGGAGGAGCUGCGGGCGAUGGGGAUGAACGAGCUGCUGGGAGCCAUGUUCGACUUCAGCCACAAACUGGCUGCUCUGGAGCUGAACGCAGAGGAACUGGGACUGUUCACCGCCGUGGUGCUGGUCUCUGCGGACCGCUCCGGCAUCGAGAACGUGGCGUCGGUGGAGCAGCUGCAGGAGAACCUGAUCCGAGCUCUGCGCUCGCUCGUCAGCAAGUCGUCCGUCGCCCCCGGCAACGACCACUACAACCUGGACUCGCCGCGCUUCACCAAACUGCUGCUGAAGCUACCCGACCUGCGGACGCUCAACAACAUGCACUCUGAGAAGCUGCUGUCCUUCCGCAUCGACGCCUGAUGAUGAUGUCACUGAUGAUGUCACAGGUCACGCCAGCGACGAUAAACACGAUCACGUGGAGACUUUCCGUCACGACACCACCUCAGUACAUCAUCACCCCGGCGUGCUGAUGAUGAAGUCAUCGCCACCAACGUCAUAACGGCGUGGAGAUGAUGUCAUCAACAGAACUGUUCAGCACGCAGCUCACCGCCAAAAUAGUCUGAGUCUGUAGCUUACAGAGCCAGAAUCCUCCAGACUAGACAGGCUCAAGGAGCAGUCCGCCAUUUUGUUGACGUUUUAUUAACUCUGUGGAUCCGGUACAGAGUGUUUAGCCUAGCUUGGCAGAGAGACUGGACAGAGGUGUUUAUGCUAAGCUAGGCUAACGGACCAAUCUCUACUGAAGCGGUCGUCUGUCUGAAGCCGUGGUCACACCAGGAAGUGUCUCUGUGACAUUCAUCCACACGGUGAAUCAAACACGCUGAGCUGGACAGGUGCGUUCAGGUGUUCUUAAAGCAACAGGACGGCCAUUUUAACUUCCGGUGUGACUGUGGUUUGACUCUUCUGGUGCUGAUCACUUCAGGAGAAAUGGGAACAUCCAGAACUUCCAACAGCACGAACAAAGACAAACGAGGACAGAGCUGAAGGAGUCCAGUCCACCUCUGAUCCGGGACAACACCAGCUGACAGCAGCAGCCUCGCCGACCAAUGAGACGCAGGGUGUGUGUGUGUGUGUGUGUGUGUGUGUGUGCUGCAUUUGAGUACAAUCAGACGUUUCAGUGAGCUGCAGCAAGUAGACAGAAGCCUCAACCAGUCGCCUCUCUAACAAACAUUAUGCAGCAAAUAUUGUGUAUAAAAACUGUAAAUAUUCAAAUACAAAUAUCCAGUUAUACUUGAACUGUUUGGAGAACUGUGUUUGACACACAAAGAUAUAUUAUACAUCUAUAUUUUUUGUUAAUAUGAAUAUGUAUCCUGUGCAAAUAUUAUGACUAUAAAGGUGUUUGUACAACAGGUUUGAAACAUUGUGGAAAUGCAUCUAAUGGAAAAGAGAUAUUCUGUGUAUGUGUUUAACUGUGUGUUUAUGUUGUAAAGACAUUAUAUAAAUAUAAAUAUGCACUCA